UUAGGUGACGGGGAACACGGCUCAAAAUGUAUUUCGUGAAAUACACCCUCUUCGUUUGAAGUGGAAAACGUUGGCCGCAAACGACGCGGCGUCGCGGUGAAACAUAUUUCGAGUGUUAAAAAUGACUUUUCGGACGAUGGUGUCGUCAUCCGGGACCAGGUUGGACUGGGCGUUUCUAUGGUGAUGCCACCACAGGCCGUCCCCACACGUCAACCCCACUCCGAGCAGAAGGCGGAAGACGCGCACCGCGAGACACUUGGCGAAAUAGGUAUCGACUCGUGUUUUCAUCAUGAACGUCUUUGACCGCAACAUCAACUUAGACGCGCUCUUCAAAUUUUCCCAGAUAUCGCAUUCAACCCAGCUGCACUUGAAGAAUGUGUACUCCAGCCUGGCAGUGUGUAUGUUUGUGGCUGCUGCAGGUGCCUACGUCCAUGUCGUCGCACGCCUCUUCCAGGCUGGCCUGCUCUCUGCGCUGGCCUCGCUGGGCAUGAUGGUCUGGCUGACAAUGACUCCACAUCAUCCUGGGACUGAGAAGAAGCGCCUGGCUAUCCUUGCUGGAUUUGCCUUCUUCACAGGUGUUGGUCUCGGCCCGACUCUGGACUUUGUCAUCGCGGUUAAUCCGAGCAUCAUUGUCACUGCCUUCAUGGGGACUUCCUUGAUUUUCAUCUGCUUCACUCUGAGUGCUCUGACUGCCAAACGAAGGAGCUACCUGUUCCUGGGAGGCACGUUGAUGUCCGGCCUCAGCCUCCUGCUCUUGAUGUCCCUGAUGAACAUCUUCUUCGGUUCAGUCAUGCUGUUCAAGCUGCACAUGUACCUGGGUCUGCUCAUCAUGUGCGGCUUCGUCCUGUUCGACACUCAGCUCAUCAUUGAGAAGGCAGAAAACGGAGACAAGGAUUACGUCUCGCACUGUGUGGAUUUGUUCCUGGACUUCAUCACCAUCUUCAGGGAGCUGAUGGUCAUCCUGGCCAUGAAUGACAAGGACAAGAAGAAGAAGAGCAAGUAAAGCACUGGCACCACCAGCACGCACGUCAUCUCUUCACCUUUUCUUAAAAUCACCCCUCUGAUGGAAAAAAAAGAAAGUUAAGUGAACGUUUUCUUUAUCGAUCGCAGAUGAAUGAGUUGAUCAAUAAGUCGUGGAGACAGUCCGAGAGCCGACUUGUCUUUCUUCGUCAAGUUUUAGUUCUUGUAAUUGCUCUUGUGUCAUUUAGUGCCAUAACUACGAGACCUUGUCGGCUCCUCCGAGUCGUGUGAGCUUCUGAUCCUUUUCGUUCUUGUCCUUUAGUUGAGUCCGCUGCUCCACACACACAGUGGCCCGUGCUGAGCGUGGCCCACCGUGGUUCAUUAGUUCACAUGUUCUUCCCAGGUGGACACUAGUGAUGCCUGGUGACUCUGUGAUCAGAUGUUCUCAUGUUAGGUUGUGGACUGUCAUUCUCCAUCCAUGUUUUGAAACUGUCUACUAUGAACCAGUUAUUUAAUUGUGAAAGUUCGAUUAAAAAAUGAUGCAUUUGCUCAUA